UGCCAAACUGUACAGAAAGCAAAAUGCGUGGACAUUACCUUAAGUUCUUGUACUGAUGUUGCCUAUACUCAAACGAUGUAUCCUAAUUUUCUGGAUCAGAAGUCUCGAGAAGUGAUUGAGUACAGCUCCGAGUACAUCCUCAUCAGCGUGCUGCACAACUUGCUCCAGGGAGAAUGCAAUCCGGACCUGAGGCUCCUGGGCUGCUCGGUGCUGGCCCCGCAGUGCGAAAAGGACAAAGCUAUAAAGCCUUGCAGGCAUGUCUGUGAAAACCUGAAAAAAAAUUGCCUCCCUGCCUUUGAUGCAAUAGACAUGGCUUGGCCCUACUUCUUAGACUGCGACCGCUUUUUCGCUGGGGAAGAAGAGGGAUGUUUUGACCCUCUGGCAAAGCUGCGAGGAGAAGUAGAAAUUGAGGAAGAUUUGCCUUCAGACUUGCCAGCAACUUUUAUUCAGUUCAAACACCAUUCAUAUUCCCAAAUGGUGAGCACGUUGAAGAAGACUGCUUCUAAGUGCUCCCAUAUUGCAACAACUUACAGCAUAGGUCGCAGCUUUGAAGGGAAGGAUCUUUUUGUGAUUGAGUUCUCAACCAAGCCUGGACACCAUGAACUGCUCAAGCCAGAAUUUAAGUACAUUGGCAAUAUGCAUGGAAAUGAAGUUGUGGGGAAAGAACUGCUAAUAUACCUCGCACAGUAUCUGUGUUCAGAGUAUCUUCUCGGGAACCCUCGCAUUCAGACCUUGAUUAAUAAUACCAGAAUUCAUCUCCUGCCUUCACUCAACCCUGAUGGGUAUGAACUGGCUGCAGAAGAGGGAGCUGGUUACAACGGAUGGGUCGUUGGACGACAGACAGCUCAGAACUUGGACCUGAACAGAAAUUUUCCUGAUUUGACAUCUGAGGCUUACAGAAGAGCUGGGAUUCGAGGGGCCCGCCUUGACCACAUCCCCAUUCCGCAAUCCUACUGGUGGGGUAAGGUGGCCCCUGAGACGAAAGCAGUCAUGAAGUGGUUGAGGUCUAUCCCAUUUGUGCUGUCUGCCAGCCUCCACGGGGGUGAGCUGGUUGUCACCUAUCCUUAUGACUAUUCAAGGCAUCCUAUGGAAGAAAAGAUGUUCUCCCCUACACCUGAUGAGAAGAUGUUUAAAUUGCUGGCUAAAGCCUACGCAGAAGCACAUCCAGUCAUCUCGGACCGAUCCGAACAUCGUUGCGGUGGAAAUUUUGUAAAAAGCGGAGGUAUUAUAAAUGGUGCUGAGUGGUACAGCUUCACUGGAGGUAUGGCAGAUUUUAAUUACCUUCACACAAAUUGCUUUGAAGUUACCGUGGAGGUAGGAUGUGAAAAGUUUCCUUUGGAGGAAGAACUGUUUACAAUCUGGCAUGAAAACAGAGACGCCCUUCUGAAUUACAUGGAAAUGGUUCAUCGGGGGAUAAAAGGAAUUGUGUCUGAUAAGUUUGGCAACCCCAUAAAAAAUGCUCGUAUUUCCGUCAGGGGCAUCCAGCAUGAUGUCACUACAGCUGCUGAUGGAGACUACUGGCGACUCCUGCCUCCGGGGACAUACAUAGUCAGUGCCCAAGCGGCGGGAUACAGCCGGGUGAUGAAGAGGGUCACCCUUCCUGCCAAGAUGAAACGGGCUGGGCGAGUCGACUUUGUAUUGCGACCUGUUGAGGCUUGGCCCAACAAGCUCCUCCGCCGCUCAAUGGAAGACAUGUAUGACCCGUACGACCCGCUGGAACUUUUUGACCCUCACGCCCAGCACGGGCAGCCUGAGGUUCGAGGUGGGUCACCACCAGGCAGGGAGAAGCCCUGGUGGUGGUCUUACUUCAGCUCUCUAGACCUGCACAAACCUCUGUGGCUGCUCAAGCAGCACUGAAGGGCUGAAGGGCAUCACGGUGCUCGGCUCACCUCGCUCUGCUGCCCUUCCACC